AUGUCCUGGAGAAACCACAGCACCGUAAACAAGUUCAUCGUCCUUGGACUGUCUGCUGAUUCCAAGAUUCAGGCUCUGCUCUUUGUGUUGUUCCUGGGGAUUUACCUUCUGUUGAUGUUACUGGUCAUCUGGGUGGAUUUUCACCUCCACACACCCACGUACUUCUUCCCAAGUCAUCUCUCUUUCCUGGAUCUUUGCUUCUCUUCUACCACAGUGCCCAAGCUGCUGGAGAAUCUCUUGUCUCAAAGAAAAAUCAUCUCUGUGGGGGGCUGCCUAGCUCAAGUCUUCUUUUUGUUUGAUACUGGAGGCACUGAAGCCUGCCUGCUUGCAGUGAUGGCCUAUGACCUUUAUGUUGCCAUCUGCCACUCUCUGCUCUAUGGACAGGUUAUGAGCAACCAACUCUGUAAAGUGCUGAUUUGAGGCUCCUGGAGCCUAGCCUUUCUGGAUGCACUCAUCAACAUCCUUCUGGCUAUGAACUUGGAUUUCUGUGGCGAUAAGCCCAUCGCCUACUACAGCUAUGAGCUGCCCUCACUCUUCCCUCUGUCCUGCUCUGAUGCAUCCACCAAUUUUACUGUUAUGCUCUGCUCUACCCUCCUUCAUGGACUUGAAACCUGUGUCCUAAUCAUGUUCUCCUACACCCUCAUUGUCUCCACCAUCCUGAGCAUCAGUUCCUCCACAGGUAAAAGCAAGGCCUUCUCUACCUGCUCCUCCCACUUCACUGUAGUGCUCUUAUUUUAUGGCUCAACUUUCCUUCACUAUGUCAUGCCAAACUCAGAUUCACCACUGGAGUUCGUCUUCUCUGUGCAGUACAGUGCAAUCAUGUCCCUAGUGAAUCCCCUCAUCUACAGCUUGAAGAACAAAAAGGUGAAAGCAGCUGUGAAAAGGACCUUGAGAAACUAUCUCCAAUAUUUCAGGUAG